CUUCACACGCUCGUUCGAAACAUCUCCCGCGUGUUUGUUGUUGUUUUGUUGCUAUUUCCGGUUGUGUUUUUAACGUCUCAGGACGCUGACAGUAAGAUGAUGACAGCUGCGAAUGCAUCGAGUAAUCAUGGUGACAAGAUGAGAAGACCUCCAGUAAAAGUUCUGUCCAGCCAGCUGAGAGAGGGGACCGGGUGCAUUGUGGGCAGCGGGAAGAUGGAGCUCAGUAUCCGGAGACUGGGAGGCGGAGGGUCGCUAACGGUGUCGGUGGUGUGGAUGCAGGGCAAUGUGGUGGAAACACACACUGAACAAAACUCUGUACUGCUUGUAGACGACACGGGCAACUUCCACAUCACCGGUGUGAACAACAUCCCCAGAGGAAAGCCCUGUCUCCAGCCUGGGAAAUACGUGAUGGUUAUGGGCGUCAUCCAGUCACACAGCCCCGAGCCUGUGCUUCGUGCAGUGAAGAUGGCAGAUCUUUCAGAUAACGCAGCCGUGCACAGGAAAAUGUGGAAGUAUGAAGUUGAAGAUCUCCAACAAACUUUGCCAUAAUGAACUGUAAUAUUUUCCAGAACUUCACUGGUAAUGAUUUCUGCAUUUCUGAAAGAAACUUUCAUACCAGUGGUUUGUUU